AUGAGCUCAACAACAAAUAUCAACAGCAGCUGCACCCGUGCUAGUAACAAUGUUUUCAACAAUAACAACAACCAUGAUGACUUCAAUGACCAAAGCAUCCAUCGUGAUGGACUUCCUUCUCCCACUACUAGACCGCAACAACAAUUUAAUCAUAUCCAGAUGGAUCCAUUGAACGCUCUAAAACGCAAAAAGUAUCUUGAGCAUGAAGCGAAUGAAAAGACACCAUCAUCCACUGAGGAAGAUGAAUGCAAUGGCCAUGUUGAUGAUGAAUACCGAGAUGUUCACAAUGAUGAACAUUGCCAACACGAACCUGUACCCAAAAAGGUGAAAUUACAUUCCAACUUGAACCAUUUCGUGGACUCAGCUCUUGGUGAGAUGAUGCAAGACGAAACCAUCGAUGUCUCGUUUAAGCAUGACAUGAUGUAUGAAGACUUGUCAAAUAAUGAUCGUACCUUGCUCGAGCAAGGAAGAAGAACGAACAUUAGUACCUCCACCACCGCCACCACUGAAACUACAGGUUCCAUGGCAUUGAAACUACUACCUGUUUCAAUUGAACAGCAACCAGCCAUUAUUCCAUCCAUCAUCUCAGGGCACGACGAUAUCAUGGAUCUUAAUUGUGCAGUAGUAGCAAGAGGUAGCAGCCAUGUCCUCUCGAACAAAGCAAACCCCUCAUGGGAAAUGUUACCACACGGCAUUCUUAUCUUUGUCAUGUCCUAUCUCUCUCAACCAAUGCUGAUUCAUGCCAUGUUUGGAGUUUGUAAAAGAUGGUAUCAAAUAGCCAAGCAUUCUGUAUUGUGGAAACGGAUCGAUUUCAACAAUGGCCACUUUAAAAUCAAGAAUAUGGGUGAUGUGAUUGGAUUUCUUGAUGACCUUACCUCUUUCAAAAUUCUUGACAUGAGAAAAGCCUAUGCAUUGGGCUCGACCAUGCUCAUGGAAUCUCUUGGAAGACUCGGUCAAAAAGAAGUCAUUUACAACAUUCAACAAUAUGAAUUUGGCCAAUCACUCCAAAAGCAAGAACAACUCGGAAUUUACAAGAAUGGAGGAGUUUUACUUCCUCCUAGCCAGUCCUUAAAACCUAUUCGAAUGCUUCAUCCAUUCGGAGAAAUUAUUUUACCAUCCUCAUGCAAACAGCUCUUAACUGUCAAUUUCCAAAAACUCCUUGAGGUUUAUCCCUCAUUGUCAAAGUUAGUACUUCCCAUGUGCUCUUCGGUAUCUACUGCUUCUCAAGUACAGAAUGGAACGAUCAAUACAUUGGCACAGAGUGGCGGUAGAGUCCAAUUCAGUCAAGACGAUAUUGAACAAAGCAUUUCAGACUCUGCACUUUUGCAAAUUGCUCAGUUUCCACAUUUGCAAUCUCUCAGAAUUUCUACUCAUCACAAAUUGACAGAUCAAGGAAUUCAUGACUUUUCGCAACGCGCUCUCAAUCUUGAGUCCAUUGAAAUGGACUAUUGUUUUGGCUUAACUCAACAAUCAGUCAAAUCCCUUGUUAGAAACUGCAAGAAUAUUCGUUCAAUUUCUGCCCUUAGCACCUCAAAUAUUGUUUUUCAUGAAAAGGACCUCAUUGAAUUAGGCCAGUACGGAGAAAACUUGAGAGAGCUAAAGCUCGAUGUUGCAAACAUUAGUUUCAAUGCUCUCUCGACUUUCAUACGUGGCUGUCACAGACUUGAAUUUCUAUACCUUAGAGGUCUUGACUGCGUUACUCAAAAAACCUUCGAUAUGAUCUUUUCAGAGCUUCGUUAUUUGCGCGAGCUCUCUAUCAUUUGUGAGAAUCCUACAAGAGUCUCUACCAACAAGGUGUAUUCGUGCUCCAUCAAUAGCUCCUCUCUCGAGAAAUUCCACUUUACUGGCUCUGAAAUUUUACAACUCACUUUUGAAUCAUGUUACAACCUUAAACAUCUAUGUAUUGACCAAUGUAAGAACUUGAGUGGUCUUCAAAUGAUCCAAUCCCAACAAAUCAACGAGCUAAAACUCAAAAGCAGUAACAUUGCACAUGUGAACCUUUCGCAGUUGAUAACCUCAUUGCCGAACUUGCGAGAUUUGGAGUUGUUUGAUUGCCAAACAGGUACUGACAACAAGACACUCUCUAUUUCUUCAGAUGUUAUGAAGAAGAUUAUUGUCUUAAUGUGCAAUGAUUUGAUUAAUCUUGAAGUGUUCUGUUCCAAACUUCAUUCUAUGAGUGUUGAUUUAUGUGCCAAUAUUGAAAAGUUGAUUCUAAAGUGCCCCAGAAUGGAAAACCUUCAAAUGUUUGUGCUUCCUCAACCAGAAGCGACCAAGCUCAAACAUUUAUUCGUUGAGAGCGACUAUUUGACUUCACUGAACUUGCAAAAGAUCAUCUCUCUUGAACAAAUUGCAACCAAAUGCAAGUCUCUUGAUUCUCUUAACAUGGCAAACCUCCACCAAUUGAAAAGAUUAGAGCUUGGCCCUUGUCCUAAACUUGAGAAACUUGCUGUUGGAAGUGUUUUUCUUCCAUUUGAUGAACGCCUUGUCAGUAAUAUUAUUAACAAGUGUCCAAACAUUAGCAUGUUGAGCAUCUCCAACAAUAUUAGUCUUAAUGAUUACGUAUUGAGUUUGUUAUGUAAUAGCUUGUCAAACCUCCAGGCACUUGUUAUUUCCAAUUGCAAUCGCAUUGUAAAUGCCAAUAUCUAUUCCAACGUGUUGAAAGGAGUUCAAAUUAGUGAUUGUCACAUGAUGAAGAGCUUGAACAUUAAGAGCGAAAAGUUGAACAAAUUAUUUGUUAGAAAUUGCCCAAACAUUGACGAUACUACCUUCAACAACAUAUCUUCCAACAGUCCCAAUAUUAGAUUUGUAGAAGUUGUGAAUUGUAACAUGAUCCAAAAGCCUUUGUUCAUGUUACCAAAUCUCAUCGAUCUUAACAUGAGAGAAUGUGCUCAACUUGAAACUCCAUCAGUCAUGUCUCAGAAUUUGAAAAAACUACUCGUAGUUUCAUGCAAAAAGUUCAAAAGUUUCGCCAUGAUGGGCAACAAUGGCGGUAAUUGCAGUACUGAAAUUUUAUUCUCUGAUUGUCCAAAUCUGAAUGAGGCCAUGAUUUCACGAGAGCUUGCCCAAUCUUCAAAUUUCAUUCAAACCGUUGUUUUUGACAAGUGCAAUUCAUUGGUUGCUCCAAAGAUUACAAGAGGCACCAAUAGUAAUUUGAAACAUAUCCGAUUUUCUGAAUGCAACAAUCUUACCAGCCCAUUGAUUUGUGCCUCUAAUAAGUUGUCUACCUUGUCAUUCCAAAAAUGUGACAAGAUGAGACUCGAAAAAAUUAGUACUCAUUUUACUGGUCAAGAUAUUGAAAACUUGGAAAUUUCUGAAUGCAAGGGUGUGGCCAAAUUGACUUGUGAUGUACCUACAGUUAAGAACUUGAACGUUGUGAAUUGUACAAACCUUGCUACUGUCACUCUUUCCUCUGCGAUCCAAUCUGUUCUCAUUUCUCAAUGCCCAACACUUGCCUCAGUUCAUUUUCCUGCUGAGAGUUGUGUGAGUGAGAUGACUGUGAAAGAAUGUGACCAAUUGUCUAGCAUUCAAGUUAUCGGCCAAAAUCAAUCCUUAAAGAAAAUCAGAUUUUCAAAAUGUUCAAGACUUUCUGACAUGUGCUUGGCAUCCAUGUUGAGCAAGUGUAGUGGUCUUGACAAGGUCAGAUUGAGCUCAUGUGGAUUAUCACGCCCAUUUAUUAGUCAUGCUCAUUUAGAGACACUUCAAAUUUCUAGAUGUCAAUACCUCGAAAGAAUGACUUUGAAAUGUCAUCAACUAACCACCCUUAAACUUUGUGACUGUCAUGCUUUGACUUCAGUUAAUUUCUCUGAGGCCUCUCCAGAGCUUAAGAAUGUAACAUUGCACGGUUUGUCUGUCAGUGCAUCUGAUAAGGAACUAUUGAUGAAGCAUUCUAGCUCUUCAGUUGUCUCAAGAAGAAAAUAA